AAAGAAAUAGUAAAUUUACCGAACUACCCUUCCAUGUUUGGGCUUGUUCUGACCCUCGAGGACAAGGCCAUUCUUGUCUAUAGCGUCGACCACCGUUCUCUGGAAACCGUUCUCCAAUGAUUUUCACCGUCAUCGCAUGGCAUUACUCGGAGCUCAAAAGCAGAGCUUUAAGGGCAGAUAGAAACCCUACAACUCUCCUUCAAUUACUUCUUUUGUCCUUCUCCUGGAACACUCCUUUUGGCAGAUUGAGAGGCACACCGUCUUUUGAAGCUGGGGUUUAGGGCUUCGAAAUAUCCAGCGGAUUAUUAGGUUUUUUGUGAUCUCUGCGAAAUCUAGGGUUUUGGCUAGGUUUUUUUGCCUUAAAAAUGAUGCAAAAAAGUUACAGUCCAAGAAAUAGACGGAAAAUGGCGUGAUGUAUCAGAAGAUGAUGAGAUUUGACCAUAGUUCGGAUAGAAUUUUUACCCAAAGUAUGGUCAAAAGAAAUGAGGAAACAGAGAGAGAGAGAGAGGGACAGAAAGGGCGAGAGAGAGAGACAGAGUGCGUGUUCAAUGUUUAAAUUAUUAAGAGAGAGAGAGAGUAGGGUUUUGUUUGAACUUUAUUACAGCGAGUUGAGUGUCUUGGGCAAAACGGAUGGUCCAUGCUUGGACAUUAAAAACCAGUGACGUUUGUGGAAGCACGUUCUUUCUAGGGAUUAAUUUCUCAGGAAAAGCGUUUUCAUAUUUAUUUGUGAUUCAUUUUGAGCUAGAAUUUCGUAUAAAGCCGCUUUGGGCUUUGAAUAUUUGUUCAGAAAAUCUCAACUGUCGUUCUCCAUAUGUAGCAGAGUCGAAUUAUUUUUCCACGAUCAAAAGCUUAAUUUCUACGUUUUUUAGGGAAGGUUUUUUAUUCUGGUGCAAUUAAAACGCAUGAAUCAUUAAAAAUCGGGGAAGAAUCACAAAAUCAGGGGAAGAAAGCUCGGAUAUAGGUUGUUUCAAUUCUCUGAAAAUUUGUGGGGAGGAAUACUCUUGCAGGAAAAAGUAUUCAUCAAAUUCUCAGCAAUCGUGAAAGCUCUUCACAAUUAGUUCCAGAAAAAAUAAAGCAACAGGCAUUGCUCAAAAGAAUCUGAAAAGCAUGAAAUAAUGAAGAUAUUUGGAGACAUUAUUCUGCGUGUCUGAUGCCUGAAACCAGAAAAUCCUAGAAACCAUUAAACAUCAAAAAAUCAAACCUUUCUUAUAAGGAAGGAAUUAAACAGGAAGAAAUGCAGAGCAUCUGGUUAUCCUUAAAGAGUUCCAUGAAAUGCGGUACAGAGCCAGCCGCUCUUUUUCACCCUGAGAAGCGUCAAGCUGGAGCCCGACCAAUAUUGAGAGGCAACCACGAAAGAAGAGGAGUUAUCGUUAAUGGAGGAUUUCCGCCCAGUGAGAUCAUUCCCUGGACACAUACCGGCACGGCCCAGUUUUCAGUGCUCAGCAAAGGAGACACCUCGAGGAACAUAGUCGAGAUGAUAAUCAAAGCAGCCUCUGAAGAUCCCAAGAGGCAAUUCCCGGAGAUCUCCACUGUCCUAAAGGUGGUCCACUCUCCCAAAGCCAUCGAGAGGUUCGAGAAUUACAGAGAAGCAGUGAAAUUUCGAGCACAAAAACAACAAAGGAGGCACCCAAGGUGGUUGGCUGAUGGUAACGAGCUCCUUCGUUUCCACACCACCACAAUAGCUUGUCAACCAUCUUCCCGUUGUCUUAGUACCAAUCCUCCACUGGUUUUGGCUGAAUUCCGCAAACUAUGCAAGUUCUCAUGUUGUGGAGUUUGUAGGAUAGUAGAGGGGGGUUUUCAAAUGGGAGAGGGGAGUCACGGAAAGAUAAAGAUGAGCAGCCUUAUCAGUGAUCGGUUUGGUGAUGUUGGACCAAAGGGUGGAGAAAAGAGAGCAGUUGUUGUGUGUAGGGUAAUAGCUGGGAGAGUGGGUAGGCUCAGGGAGGGCGAGAAGUGGACUCAUUAUGGGUUCGAUUCAAUGGUAGGGUGCUCCAACUGUGAUGAGCUGUAUGUGAACAAUCCUCAGGCCAUUCUUCCUUGUUUUGUGGUAAUUUACUGAUGUGGUUUGAAUGAAUUGGGUGCAUUCUUGGUGUCUUUACUGCAUCCCUUUUGGGUCGGCAGCAGAUGCUUUGUAGGCAUUCUAUGUGAUUAAACUUUGAGCGGCAGAUCUCAUGUGUCCGACGCGUUUUUGGACUUCCUAGGUGAUUCCCUUUCACUCAGUAUCCAAAUAUGUAAUCAACCAAUUUGAGUCAGUAGCAUUAGUUUAGAAUUUUGAGCUUCUUUAAGAAACAUUUUACAUGUAUCACUGUUGGAAGUCGCAGUUCUUUUCAUAGAUCAAUCAUCUAUUCAUUUUUCA